GGUCAGAACUACAGCAUGGUGUCUGAAUUCAUCCUCAUUGGCUUCUCCAACUUCCCUCAGCAGCUCCUGCCCACCUUCUUCCUGCUGUACCUGCUGAUGUACCUGUUCACACUGCUGGGGAACCUGCUCAUCAUGGGCACCAUCUGGAGGGAGCACAGCCUCCACACCCCCAUGUACCUCUUCCUGUGCGCCCUCUCCAUCUCCGAGAUCCUGUUCACUGUUGCAGUCACCCCUCGCAUGCUGGCGGACAUGCUCUCCACCCACCGCUCCAUCACCUUUGUGGCCUGUGCCAGCCAGAUGUUCUUCUCCUUUACGUUUGGCUACACCCACUCCUUCCUGCUCAUGAUCAUGGGCUACGACCGGUACGUGGCCAUCUGCCACCCACUGCGCUACAAUGUGCUCAUGAGCCCCCGUGACUGUGCCCGUCUUGUGUCCUGGUGCUGGGCUGGUGGCUCAGUUGUGGGGUUGAUGGUGACAUUGAUAGUUUUUCAUCUCACCUUCUGUGGGUCUAAGAAGAUACACCAUUUUGUUUGCCACGUGCUUUCCCUCUUGAAGCUGGCCUGUGGAAAGGAGACAGCCUCUGUCACCAUGGUUGUAAUCUUGGUUUGCGUCACAGCCCUGAUGGGCUGCUUAUUCCUCAUCUUCCUCUCCUAUGUCUUCAUCGUGGCUGCCAUCCUGAGGAUCCCCUCCACUGAGGGCCGGCACAAGACCUUCUCCACCUGUGUCUCCCACCUCACCAUAGUGGUCGUGCACUACGGUUUUGCCUCCAUCAUCUAUCUGAAGCUCAAAGGCCCCCAUUCUAUGGACAAUAACACUCUGAUGACCACCAUAUAUACAGUCUUUACCCCCUUUCUUAGCCCCAUCAUUUUCAGUCUCAGGAAUAAGGAGCUGAAAAAUGGCAUAAAGAGAAAUUUGCGCAGAACUUUCUGUCCCCUAAGCUUCUGA